UGUGCUGGAUGCUGCAGAAGUUGAGCAUUGGCCAGCGUGCGCUGCACGAUGCCGUAUCUGGCUCACACAGCUCAUUGGCAGUUCCUGGGCCUGGUGAUGGGGUUCCUGGCGUGGAUCCUCACCAUGGCCACAACCGGUCUCAACGAGUGGCGUCUGUGGGAUGUGGACAACGUGUCUGUGGUCACCUCGGGCGUGGCCUGGGUGGGUAUCUGGAGGGUGUGUUUCUACAGCCAUGCCUUUGCCACAGCUGAGGUUUGUCAGAGCAUCAGCAUCUGGGACCAGUUUGCUCCAGUGGAGAUCCACGUGGCCCAGGUGCUGAUGAUGCUCGCAGUCAUCUGCGGCCUUGUGGGGAACAUCAGUGCUGCAUACGCCAUGAGGAUGGUGUACUUUUCUGUGGGAGAGCGAGGCAACAUCAGGCGUGUGUUUGUGCUUUCAGGGACUCUGUAUCUGCUCACAGCCACGUGCUCGUUCGUGCCGCUCGUGUGGAACAUGAGCUCCGUACUGAACAACAGCACCAUCGACUUCCCUCCAAAGUUCUUUCUCCCAGCAGCUCCUGUCAAGCAAAAAGUGGGCUCGGCUAUCGGAGUCGGGCUCUUGGCCUCCACUGUGAUCGCUCUUAGUGGGUUGCUUUUCCUCUGUUACCGGUAUGUGAGGAGGCCUCUGAGCUCAAAGGACCUCAGCAGAGAUACCAGGGACCCUCUGGACGGGCUGAGCGCCAUCACCACACCGUCACAGCAACCUCAUGUGACAAGUGGGGAAAACUGUGCUCGCAAGGGCCGAGAUAAUCCCACAUUCAACUGUGAAGAGGCUUUAUGAUGCAAAGACAAACAUCAGGGACACUUGGUAUAAAUGUCUGG